AUGGGCUUUCUCAAAUGGUACGACGGUAUGCUCGUCGCCCGACCCUAUCUCACCCAAGCGAUCUCGACGGGAAUCCUCUUUGGCUCGGGCGAUGUGAUUGCACAGCAGGCAGUUGAGCGCCGGGGUUUACCGAGCCACGAUGCCAUCCGAACCCUGAGGCUCACGCUCUAUGGAACUGCAGUAGCGGGACCAGCCUGUGCCUACUGGUAUCGCUUUCUGGCUCGGUUCAUCAAGUUCGAGAACAAGGCCGCAGCCAUGACCGCCAGGGUGGCCAUGGACCAAGGGCUCUUUGCACCAUCGUUCAUCGGUGUCUUCUUCACGGCAAUGUCCACGAUGGAGGGCAAGUCCCUGGCGGAGACCUGGCAAAAGCUCAAAGAGACCUAUCCCUCGGCCCUGGUCAACAACUACAAGCUGUGGCCGGCGGUGCAGUGCAUCAACUUUUACCUCAUCCCAGUCAACUACCAGCUACUCUUUGUGAACACCGUAGCGCUCGGAUGGAACAGCUAUCUUUCGUAUGCCUCGGCGCAGCCACGGAAGGUUCAUGUUGAGUAG